GCGACACAGACAACUGUUGUCACCACCACAACGACUACCACCACCUCUUUUCCGCCCCUGGUCUUCAAUUCACCUCGAAGUCUCAGCGAGCGUGACCCGAAACAAUACCCUCUCGCCGCUUCUCCCACACCAGCUUCGAUUCGACAGCUUAGCUUCAACCUUGGGGGUCGACCUGCUUUUUUGAAGGAGUCCGAGAACUUCAAGCAUGCACUGGAAGAGUAUAAACAAUCCCAAGAAUCCCUUCAAGCGUCCAACGGAGCCAUUCACUCGUACCCUGCAUCGGAAACCAUGGUUGAGAACCCGUUCAACCCGUCGAAACCUGUUCCAUCCAACACCGAUCGGAAACGGCCAGCCCGGUCUCCACUUCCCGAAAUGUCGAACAAUCGUUCUACUUCACCACUUGUCGAAGUAUCCAACAAGCGUUCGAAUUCACGACCCGCAAAUAUCCUCACACAAGCUGCGGAGAAACUCGCUAUGCAGCGACCGACGAAAAAGGCUCGAAUGAUGUCUGACGAAGUUUCUCAACGUCGCUCCCCGCGCCUACAGGAGAACAUCGGUGAACACGUUGUCGAGACACCAGUCCGGUCGUCUUCUAGCCGAAGAUUGUCGGGUUUGCACCAUGGACACAAGGUCCAAGUCGAUGGUGCGUCAGCGAGCGAUCAAGACCGGGCCUGGAGGCUGAAGGGCAAAAUGGCUCGAGCAAGAGGGACUGCAUCUAAAGUCCCAGCUCCCCUGGGCACUCCCGAGUCCGGUAUCUUGCGACUACGGCCUCGGCCGACAGAAAGCGAUCUUGAGCCAUAUGUCGAGGGCGAACAACGCACUAACCGCCUUCCUCCUCCUCCUCGACCUACACCUUUAAACACGUUGGCCGCACAAGACGCCAGUCUGCCUAGCCCAAGUCUAUCACCCAUCACGGCUGCUGCCCAGUUGCAUCCGCCAGCUGAAAAUUCGAACGAUAUGGACUCCACCCUCGAUGGACGGUUUGAUCUGGACACACGAAGUCGGCAGGAGUCUCAGGAGUCCGAGGCACUGCGAUCGAUCCAGAUGCUGAGAAGUUCUCUCAAACCGACAGGCAUUGGCAUUCCAUCCACAGCCGCGGAUUUCAGUCCUAAUCCCCAACUUCCGACUCCCACCCUCAUGGACGUUCCAAAUAUGGUUGACACUUUCGAUGCCAUGCCCACGGAUUUGCAAACAUAUGUGAUGUUCCAACUGCUCCGCCGGUGCUCGAAGAAAACCCUGCACUUUGUUGCCGAGACGGUGAAUCCUGCGCUGAAAAUCGAUUUCCUUGGUCUGCUCCCUCUCGAACUCAGUCUGAACAUCUGUCGCUUCCUCGACACUAAGAGUAUGUGCCGUGCGGCACAAGUGUCCAAGAAAUGGCGGCAGAUCGUGGAUACGGAUGAAAGGGCAUGGAAGGAUUUGCUCGACAAGGAUGGCUACCUUAUGCCGGAAGGCGAAAUCGAUCGAGCGAUCAAAGAAGGCUGGGCUUGGCAGCAUCCCACUCCCACCGAUGAUUACGAGCGGGACCUCAGCUGGUAUGUCAAACCGAAGCUGGAGAUUGCCGAUUCGCCUGGAUCAUUGGCUUCAUAUGGAAUAGCCGAUGCGGGAGAGGGGAAAGUGACGUCAUCAGGAAAGAAGAGGAGAGCGGUAACAUCAGGCGUAAGGAGCAGCAAGAGGUUGAAGAAGAAAGAAAAGGCAUCUUCAAUUACUCACGAAACCGUUUCUAUGCAGGCUCUGGAGCGAUUUCAAGGACCAAAUACCUACGCAAACGCGGCUGCCGUCGCCAUUCCAGACCCGAAGAUUGGACUUCCUAAUCUGCGGAACCUUCAUCUCUUCAAGUCGAUCUACCGCCGCCAUCAUCUGAUUCGACGCAGCUGGAUGGACGGGGAAUCGAAACCAUAUCAUCUUGCGUUCCAGGCUCACCACCGUCAUGUAGUGACUUGCCUCCAAUUCGACACGGACAAAAUCUUGACCGGCAGCGACGACACGAAUAUCCACGUCUACGACACGAAGACGGGGGCGAGGAUCGGGACACUUGCCGGUCAUGAAGGCGGCGUAUGGGCUCUUCAGUAUGAAGGAAAUACUCUUGUGUCCGGUUCCACCGACCGAUCAGUCCGAGUCUGGGACAUCAAUCGCGGCAAGUGUCUGCAGAUUUUCCAAGGCCAUACAUCCACCGUCCGGUGUCUGGUCAUUCUGAAGCCGACGCAAGUCGGAGAAAAUGCGGAUGGCAGCCCGAUCAUGCUGCCGAAGGAGCCAUUGAUCAUCACCGGAUCCCGCGACUCGACGCUUCGGGUUUGGAAACUCCCUCAACCCGGCGAACGAUCCAUCUUCCAGUCCGGCCCCACCGUCAACGAGUACGACAACCCGUAUUUCGUUCGUGUUCUCGCUGGCCACAACCACUCCGUCCGCGCCAUCGCUGCGCACGCCGACACCCUCGUAUCCGGCAGCUACGACACCACGGUCCGGGUUUGGCGGAUCUCCACCGGUGAGACCAUCCACCAUCUGCGGGGGCACACAUCGAAAGUAUACAGCGUCGUCCUUGACCACGAACGCAACCGCUGCAUCAGUGGGUCGAUGGACAACAUGGUCAAGGUCUGGUCGAUCGAGACGGGGCAAUGCCUCUUCAACCUCGAAGGGCAUUCCUCGCUCGUCGGGCUCCUCGACCUCUCGCACGGUCGCCUCGUCAGCGCGGCGGCCGACUCGACAUUGCGGAUCUGGGAUCCAGAGAACGGGCAAUGCAAGAGCACGCUCUCCGCGCAUACCGGGGCGAUCACCUGCUUCCAACAUGACGGGCAGAAAGUGGUGAGCGGCAGCGACCGCACGCUCAAGAUGUGGGACAUCAAGACGGGGGAGUGUGUCAAGGACCUGCUGACGGAUUUGAGCGGGGUGUGGCAGGUGAAGUUCAACGAGCGGAGAUGUGUGGCGGCGGUGCAGAGGAAUCGGUUUACGUAUAUCGAGGUGAGUGUUCUGGACUUCGGUGCCGCUCGUGAUGGGAUAUCGGAGGACCAGCUCGGCGUGCGGACUCUGGUCGAUGCGAAUGGGGAUCCCAUGUCCGAGUCGCCGGAGUCCGAU